GCAAACACCGAGCAGUAGAACCAUUUCAGAAUCCGUUGUCAUAGAGUCUGCGAUCAUACUCUAGUGGUGCCUGUUCGCUUGUUCGUUCUAAUAUUACCGCCGACUCGUAGUCGUUCAGCCAUCGGACCGCCGCCGAGACCACAGCACGCGUAAAGCACUCACGAUGUCACCAACAAAAGCUUCUGACAUUGUUGCUGUGGGUAAUGAUUGUCAGAAAAAGCAUAUGGCCACUGAUGACUGGUGUACAUGCUUUGAAACUUGUACAUUACCAAAACAUAUUCAAGAAGUGGCUUUGAUUCAGUUACGGGAAAAUGAAAGUGCUCGUAAGCAAGCUAUUUCAGCGUUCCGGCAAUGGAUAUCGAAAAAUGCAGAUAUUCAAAACGUAAUUACUGAUGAAAAGUUUUUGUUACGAUUUUUGCGUGCUAAAAAAUUUAGUUUACCAAUGGCUCAACAAAUGUUGCUUAAAUAUUUAAAUCUUCGACAAAGAUUCCCAAUGUACUUCAUGGGUCUAGACUGUAUGAUUCCAUCAAUUAGCGAACUUAUUGACUCCGGAUACAUGUUUGUAUCGCCUUUUAGGGAUAACGAAGGUCGGCGAGUUAUUAUUGGUACUGCAAAAGGCUUUGAUCUUCGAAAAUAUAGUAAUAGAGACUUGGGAAUUGUACACAUAAUUACCUAUGAGACAUUACUAAAUGAUGAAAUCAAUCAGGUUGUGGGAUUUACCCACUUCGGUGAUUUUGACUCCAUAACUCCAGCAUACAUAACUCUGUUCGCUCCAAAUGAAUUCGCCACUCUUAUCAAGUGGGGAGAGCAAUCGAUUCCUAUGAGACAUAAAGCAAUACACUUGUUGAAUGUACCAGCACCGAUCAAGUUUGCUUAUGAUUAUUUCCAAACAAGAAUAAGCCCAAAACUCAACUCACGAAUGAAGAUGUACAAUUCACUAUCCGAGUUACACGAGAGACUUGAUAAAAAAGUCUUACCUAAAGAGUAUGGUGGUGAAAUGCCAAUGGCCGAAAUGAUCAGAUUAUGGAAAAAAGAAUUGCUGGAAAAUAGAGAAAAAUUAAUAGCGUUAGACAAUAUGCGGUUAUUAUCUGAUAGAAACAUAAUAACAAGAAAAACGAAAACUGAAAUUAAUCAUCAUAGUUUGAUUUCUGGAUUCGAUCAGAUAAAUGGCAGUUUUCGAAAACUUGAAGUGGACUAAGUAUAAAUAGCAAUAAGUAAUUACAUAUAAUGUAAAUAAGUAAUACAUUUGUAUCUUGUGAAAAAUUUCAAAACUUUAUUUUUUUUAUUCAUAUUUUCAUUUUGUAAAUUGUUCAUUACUAUAUAAGUUAUCAUGUUUAAUACCCUCAUACCCUCAUUAUAUAUUCAUUUAUAAUAAUUAUAGUUAUCUACUUUAUUUGUAUUUGCAAAAUUUUACAAUAUAUUAAAUUAAUUUACAAAUUAUUUUAAUAAUGUUCGUUUAAGUUAAUAUUAGUUUAAAUUAGUAGGUAUACAUACAUUAUUUUAGUAAUUAAAACUGAAAUAUCUAAUUAAAUAUUUAUUAUCAUAAACAUAUUACAGUACCUAUAACUUUUGUAAAAAAAUUAUAUUUAUUUUUGUUACCCACAUUUACUUAAGUAUUUUUAUUUUAAUUUUUCGUAAUAAUAUUAUAUCAGAAUAAUAAUUAAUCUGUAUUAUACAUUUCUUAUAAUAUGUAUCCAUAUAUAGUAUUUUAAAUAUAGGAACUUGCUUUUUUA